AUGGCCCCGGCUCUGACCGAAUCGCCAGCCCAGCCCGCCGUGUUCACAUAUGACAAGCCUUCUCCAAAGAUCUUCCCGGACGGCAUCAAGACAAGCGGACAGACCUAUCCAGAGUACAGCCAGCUCAAGCCCUACAGCGAGUUCCCAAAGGAGAUCACAGGACCAACAGUAUGGAAGGCGGAGGACUACCAGAACAAUCCCGAGCGAUGGGUGCAUCGCUUCAGUGAAGAUGAGAUCCAGGAGCUCAGCGCGGCAGCGGACGCCUUCCUCGCAGCUGGCACGCCCAUGACUGGCAUCACAAAGGAGAAAUUCCAGCUCCCCAGAAUGGAACAAUACCUGACAGCCAUGCGAAACGAGAUUCUCAACGGCAAAGGCUUCAUCCUCUUCAAAGGCUUUCCCGUGCAAGAGUGGGGAAACCACAAGAGCGCAGUAGCAUAUAUGGGACUGGGAACAUAUCUCGGAUACUUCGUCUCUCAAAACGGCUUGGGCCACGUCCUCGGCCACGUCAAAGACACAGGUGCGGACCCGACCAAGAUUGAGUCCGUACGAAUUUACCGCACGACUGCCCGCCAAUUCUUCCACGCAGACGACUGCGACAUCGUAGGUCUCCUCUGCAUCGCCAAAUCCGCCGAGGGAGGAGAGUCAGACAUUUCAUCCUCCCACCACGUCUUCAACACUCUCCAACGCGAACAUCCCGAUGUGGUCGAGAGUCUCACGCAACCGAUCUGGUACUUUGACCGUAAAGGCGAAGUCUCCGCGGGCCAGGAGCCCUACACCCGCCAACCGGUGUUUUAUAAAGAGACCGGCGCGGACGGACGAAUCUACACGAAAUGGGAUCCCUACUACGUCAAGUCUCUGUCGCGCUUCUCUGACAAGGGCGUCAUUCCAGCUAUGUCCCCAGCACAGGUGAAAGCCGCGCAGGUACUGGAGGAUACCUGCCUACGUCUGGCCCUGCACAUGAUUUUGGACAUUGGUGACAUUCAGUUCUUGAGCAACGCACAUGUGUUGCAUAGCCGCACGGAGUACAAGGAUUUCCCGCCGCCGGCGCCGAGGAGGCAUCUGAUGAGAUUAUGGUUGGCGACGCCGGUGAGCGAGGGUGGGUGGAAGCUGCCGUUUGCUGAUAGUGAUCAUAAGAAGAGGGGUGGCGUGCAGGUUGACGAUACACCGCCGAGAGCACCGACGGACGCGGAGUAG